UGCCAUCAGGAAAAUACAGAGAAGUCCAAAGAACUGUUUUAUUUCACCUCACACCACAGCAACUUCAGAUGAUACGGGAAUCAUGGACACCAAACCCACGCAUAGAAUAUUCUGUCCAAGUUCAGUUAAGGUUCUGUCUAGCAGAAACAAGUUGUGAACAAGAUGACAAAUUUCCUCAAAGUGUUUGUGUUAAAGUAAACAACAAACUGUGUCCAUUACCUGCAUUUUUACCACAAAGUAAAGCUGGUGCUGAGCCAAGACGACCGAGUCGACCAGUCAACAUAACGCACAUGAUACGACCUAACUUAACAGAGCCUAACCGUAUUGAUGUCACAUGGGCGCCAGAAUUUGGCAGGCAAUACUGUGUUGCGGUGUACCUUGUAAAGCAGCUAACUUCAGAUAUAUUGCUGCAAAGGUUACGAAGUAAGGGAUUUAGGAAUGCAGACCAUACUCGAGCAUUAAUUAAAGAGAAAUUGGCACAUGAUGCAGAUAGUGAAAUUGCAACAACUAGCUUACGAGUAUCGCUAUUGUGUCCUUUGGGUAAGAUGCGCAUGCAGAUCCCGUGUCGCGCCAGCACGUGUACGCAUUUACAAUGUUUUGAUGCCGCCCUUUACCUCAUGAUGAAUGAAAAGAAAGCCACAUGGAUCUGUCCAGUAUGCGAUAAGAAAGCACCCUUUAACCUCCUUGUUCUUGAUGGGCUCUUCCAUGAAAUUAUACAGAUGUCUCCCAAUACGAAUGAGAUCCACUUCCUACAGGAUGGUAGAUGGAAGCCGGUCAACAGCAAUGGCAAGGAGGAGGCUGUUUUUGUAGCGUCAGCCAGCAGAGUUGACAACUUUAAAGAUAAUGUGACAUCAGGCUCAUCAAGCAAUAAGUGUACUUCAAAUUCCAGUAAGCCUUUCAGUAAAACUGAGGUUGAGAUUGUUGACCUGACGAUUAGCUCUGAUGAGGAGUCAGAUGAAGAUAUUAAGGAACCAGUACACAUAGAACCCGCAACACUGGACUUCACAAGCAACAAAGGGUGCGUUUCACCUGUUAUUAUAAGCUUAGACAGUCCAAGAUCAUUAUUUAACUCUGGCGAUGAAGGUGAUGGUGGCUCUACCUCCUCAGAAACCCCAACUGCAGGUGACCCACAAACCCCAGUUCCAGAUAAUCCACAAAACGAUCAAAUUAAUACAGACCAUAAUGAAGACACUUUUCAUAAUGUUUCUAAUGUUGUAUCACCUUCCAUCCUUUCAAAAGCAACAAGUAAUUCUGAGAAAGUUAAUUCGUCAACUGUAUGCCCCCCAGUAUUAGGUGAGCCAAACACAGAGAGCAUACAAAAGGAAAAUGACACAUGUACAGAAAGCACACACACAGAAAAUAGCACCUCCUCUCAUGUAGCUGCUGAAAGACGUGCAGAAAGUAUGCCCACUAAAAAUAGCACAUUAUCUGAUAAAGCAUACGUUGAAAGUGUGCUUUCAGUUAAUACUACUAACCCACAGGAGAAAAGCAAAGGUGGAAUACAUAACAGAUUAGUAGAUACAGUAGCAGACAGCUCAGACCCUGGUGACCCUUUACAGCCAAGCGCUAAGCGGCAGCGGACAAACAAUUACGAAGGUUAUUCCAGUAACUACAGAUCAGAUUACCGACAUUAUAUCCCUCGCCCACAACCUUUACAUCAAAACGAGUUUCAACUCUCAUAUCCCCCUACAGUUCAAAGGUAUGGUUGGUAUCCAGGAAACAUAAACAACUAUUACUUUUCAAAUGACCAGUAUCCAUCGUAAGAUGUUCUGUGUCCACUACUGUGUUCAUUGAUUUGAAAUUUAAAGAAUGAAAAUUGUGAGCUCUUUUUAAAAUGAAGAGAAUUUGUUAUUUUCAAACAAAAAGGAUUUUUUGUCCAUUUCAGUGAAACAUUUGGGUAUUACUUUCUCAAACUUGAAAAAAUUAAUGUAAAAUACCUAUGUCAAAGAUGAUAUAGAGUUCAAUUUAAAAUUUCAAUGUCAGUUUUCAGGUUUUUAAAGAGUUACACAAUGUUUAUACAUUGGUGCUUUUAAUUGUGCAUUGUUUUUUUACACAUACAUGAUCCAACAGAUCAGAAUUUGUGUUUAAAAAGCAUAGACUAGAGUUUCAAUCGAUAUAUUUUAUGGUUUGUACUAUUUUGUGGUGGUGAUGAUGAAAAGCGGUUUCCAUGUCCUUUCACUGAAUUGUGUCCAAUCAGGAAGUAUUCUAUAAUUAUAUAUUACUAGUGCAUGAAAAUUUAAUACAUUCUUAAACAUACAUUAUGCAUAUAUUUUGUGCAUGUAUUAGGACAGUGGUGUGUCUAGCAUGGAGGUGAUUGUGGCUGGUGGGGUGCUGGGGGAAACCUGUUGAUAUUUAGCCCUUGGCCCAGAUUACGCUAUUAGAUAAAUUAAACUGAAGGUAGUUAACAUUGAGCGUAAUUUUUGGCUCAGCAAAUUUCUAGUGUGUUGCAUGAGGGUGUAAAUUUUUCCUGCUUCUAACCACUUCCUCCUUAUAUAUGUCGCUUAAAUCAUGACUACAGUUAGAACUAUACCAUUAGAACCCAAGUCCCAACUCCUACAUGUAUUAAAUUGUACCUUAUGUGAAAUAGAUAGGUACACAUGAAUGUAUGUAUGCUUGAUUGAAUGCAAGUCACAAUAAUGUAUUUAAUCAGUCGUGCCCUACUCAUUAGCAUAGUUUAAUGAGGUGAAACAAAAGGUCAGAAAAAUAAGGCCGAGUUUAAGAGAAUUUGGGUGUUUAUAGUAAUUCAGGACAAAGAGAACCAGUCCAAUACUCUUGUAACUUAAGUGUUAUUUUACCAAUACAUGGUUUUCUUUUAAACAUUGUCUGUGAUAAGCUAAAAAUUAUAUUUAAUUUUUAAAUUUUUUAACUUUUUUGUUGCAUAUUUAAGUAAUUUAUUAGUUUUCAUUGGAAAUUAGAAUGAGAAGAAACUUGCCAUGCCAAGUAACAGAUGUGUAAAUAAUGUUAAUAUAUUCUUUUGCAUAGACUCUUAAUUGGCUAAUGAUCAUCAAUUAAUUUUCUUAGUAAAACAUCAAUAAAUCAGUAAAAACUAAAUUUAUUUAUAUCUGUGUUUGAAGUUAAUAACUAAUUUGAUCCUUUUAAAAUCAGCAGUUCAAUUUUUAAUUGAAGGUUUGAAUGGGGUUUUUCUAUCACAUUUAAGAUAGUAUAAUACAUACUCAAAGUAUCUGUGGUGAAAUCACAAAUCACAUUUCACCACAGAUAAAUUGUGAGAGUUUAAAACAAACACUUCACAGGUUAAAUUCAGAAGUAUGCUUUGAAUUGUGCUCAAAAAUACAUGUUUUAGAAAUGUGCUAGGUGUCGAUCACCCUGUUGUAUUUUCUAUGAAAAGUUAUAGGCAGUGUGUGACAAUGGAAAAACGAAAUAGAGAAGUUGGUGUAUAUGUUAAUCAAUGUAGCUUUUAGAAUUUAGAAAGUUGGUCAUUCCAUUUAAAACACUUGUCAAUAUUGUGACGACAGUGUGUAUAUCUCAGGUUUGCAGUCUGGAAAUGUCUUGUCCCAGGGAAAUUUUUUGCCUUUUGUUUUCCUCUUAACUCAAAUUGUGAUUGUUGAAUUUGCAUGACUUUUAUAUGUUGUCUUUACCUUGUAUAUUUAUUCCCAUUAAAAUAAUUUAUCAAGGCAACAAA